AAAUUGGGAAUACCUAAGUUGACCGUGCUUAUAGAUUAUCCCUGGUAUAGGCUCACCUGCUUGAGCAGGGGAUUGGACUAGAAGACCUCCAGGGUCCCCUUCAACUCUGUCAUUUUCUUAAAUGACCAUGGGAUACUGCGACAGCCACAGGUUCUAGGAUUAGUCAUAAACCUACUUGUUCAUUACCUCUGUAUCGCUGAACGGUUGUCGAAUAAGCAGUCGGUAAAUGAGGACUACCUGUAAUUGAUUUGUUUUUAAUCUCUUCCAUUGUGUAUUUGGUUUUGAGAUAUGAAUGGCCUGGAGUCUCCCCCGUUGGAUCAGAGAAAGUGGGGAUUCUUGGGGUGGACAAAUGAAAACCUUCCAUUCUCUGUUCUGCCUUAGUCCCCAGCAAAGAACGGUUCAAAAGGCCUCCACAACAACUACCACCAGCCUCCUCCCACCAUCCCUCCCAGCUACCCAAUGGGCGGCAGCUCUAGCACAUCGUCCUCCCUGGGCAAUGGGUCUGGCUCCAACAGCAACGGGGCCGUUGCUGGCAGCGGGAAUGCAAGCAGCAAAGCUAACCCUCCGGCAGGGCAUGCAUCGACUACCCCAACCCCUUACGCGCAGGCUGUGGCGCCCCCGCCUCCCAGCACCAACGCCUCCCAGCCCCGGCCUCCCAGCACCCAGCAGAACGCCAGCAAGCAGAACGGUGCAACCAGUUACAGCUCCGUGGUAGCUGACAGCAGCUCGGAUUCUACACUAAGCAGCGGCAAUCAGUCAUUGCCUAACCAGACAACGUCACACAACCCACCCAGUGCUUCCACGUGAGUAUUUUCUUCUUUUUGCUCCUCUUCCCUCCCUUCCUCUCAAUAUAACUUUUUUUCUCUAUAAGCCUGGCAGCUGGACCCCAGUAACUGCAGUCUCACCAGCACCAUCGCAUGUUUUUCCAGGUACAGGUUCAGUUUCAAUGUGUUUAAAGUUCUAAGCAGUUCAGGAUCUAAAUAAUUCAAAAGAUAAAAUUCAUUCAUGUUAACUUUCAGGAACUGAGAAAUAGUUUUGAAUAUCUUGCUACUUUCUUCUUUCCCCUUUGAAAACAUUACAAGUAGCCCUCGACGUAACGACCACAAUGGGGCUCAAAAUUUCUGUGGGCUAGGUGAGAAAUUCGUUAAGUGAGUUUUGCCCCACUUUACAACUUUUCUUGUCACAU